AUGGGCAAAGCUAUUUUGACAGGGAUUUUAAAUGAUGUGAAUGGAGUUAUUAAAAACAAUUAUUCAGCUCCCAAUACAACCUCGUUUAAGCCACGAAAAUUUAUCGCAUGCGUUUCAGGGGAAGAAACGGCUCAGAAAGUGAUCAAUCUUUUUGGAGAAUCGGUUACAGUUACAGCUGGGCAAAAUGUAAAAGGUGUUGAAGAAGCUGAUGUCGUGUUAUUAUGCACAAAACCUCAAAUAGCAAAAACAGUUUUAACUGAGGAUGGUAUGGCUGAAGCACUAGAAAACAAAUUAAUUAUUAGUAUUUUAGCCGGAGUAUCGUUAAAUCAGUUAAAAGAAUGGGUCCCCAAGUCAACGACGAUCGUACGCGCUAUGCCGAAUACUCCCUGCAUGAUUCAAGAAGGUAUGACAGUAAUAAGUUGUCCCGCCAAUACUAACGUUGAUGACAGAGCUUUUGCAAUGUGGGCAUUUUCUACGUUGGGUAGGGUGAGGGUUUUGGAUGAAAAGCAUUUGGAUACUGUUACAGGAUUAUCAGGAAGUGGACCAGCGUUCGCAUGUGUUGUGUUAGAAUCUCUCGCUGAUGGUGGUGUAAUGAUGGGACUUCCACGUGACGUUGCUCUUGAAUUGGCAGCUCAAGCUCUUCAAGGUGCAGCACGUAUGGUUCUUAAAACUGGCAAGCAUCCGGCCGAGAUCAAGGAUAGUGUUACAACUCCAGCAGGAUGUACAAUUGCGGGAUUAUUAACAAUGGAAGAUGGCAAAAUUCGUUCUACAUUAGCAAGAGCUGUACAGGAAGCUGCCAAUGUUGCUUCUACUUUGGGAAAAGUUCAGGCUAAUAAAUAA